CUGCCGCGGCGGUGAAGAGAAACAGCGAGGCAACGCAAGAGACCGUACAGCAUCCCUACAGUAACUACCCGAUACCGUUCGCUCUCAGCUUUCCCAUGUUGAUUCUCAGCCUCCUGCCCCUCCUCCUGUUGCCGGGCCAUGGUUGCCAUGCCGCUGACAUUCCGGAGGACACCACGGCAGAGUUCUCCGUCAGACUGUACCACCAGCUGCAGGCGCGCGGGGGGGGUGACAACAUCAUCUUCUCCCCCCUGAGUGUGGCUGUGGCCCUGGGCAUGGUGGAGCUGGGGGCCCGCGGGGCCUCCCUCACACAGAUACGCCAGGCUGUUGGCUUCAGCCACCUACCUACAGAUGAGGAGUUCUCUCUGCUCCAGAACCUGACAGGGGCUCUGUCUGAAGACGACGCCCACUACAUCAUCCGAUUGGCCAACUCCCUCUUCCUGCAGAGUGGAGUGACCUUUAACCCGGAGUUCCUGCGGCUGAUGAGGAAGUACUUCCGGGCGGAGGUGGAGACGGUGGACUUCAGCGAAUCAGCCGCCGUGGCAGAGCAGAUCAAUGGCUGGGUGGAGAAUCACACUGAGAGUAAGAUCCGUGACCUGUUGUCAGCAGAUGACUUCAGCAGUGUGACCCAGCUGACCCUGGUCAACGCUGUGUACUUCCGGGGAAGCUGGAAGAACCAGUUCAGACCGGAAAACACCAGAACCUUCUCUUUCAGCAAAGACGACGGGAGCGAGGCCCAGACACACAUGAUGUACCAGCAGGGAGACUUCUACUAUGGUGAGUUCAGUGAUGGUUCAUCCGAGGCAGGUGGUGUGUACCAGGUGUUGGAGAUGCCCUAUGAAGGAGAGGACAUGAGCAUGCUGGUGGUGUUACCCAGACAGGAAGUCCCCCUGGCAGUCCUGGAGCCAAUCAUCAGAGCCCCUCUCUUGGAGGAGUGGGCCAACAACGUCAAGAGGCAGAAGGUGGAGGUCUACCUACCCAGGUUUAAGGUUGAGCAGAAGGUAGACCUGAAGGAGGCUCUGCAGGAUCUGGGCAUCAAGAACAUCUUCAGUAAAGAUGCUGACCUCUCUGCCAUGACAGACGGUAAGGACCUGUUCAUUGGGAAGGCGGUGCAGAAAGCCUACCUGGAGGUGACCGAGGAGGGGGCGGAGGGAGCUGCAGGAUCAGGAAUGAUAGCCCUCACCAGGACUCUGGUUCUGUACCCUCAGGUCAUGGCGGAUCAUCCCUUCUUCUUCAUCAUCAGAAACCGCAGGACAGGUUCUAUCCUGUUCAUGGGCAGGGUUAUGACGCCAGAGGUCAUUGAGCCUACCGACUUCGACAAUGACUCCAUGUAACUAUGACGACGACCAAUGGGAUUCCAGUGUGCUGCUAUCCUGCUAUGAGGUCAUAUGCUCAAAGCCAAUCAGAUCCAGGCAAAACGACGCCAUAAACGCAACCUUUCCUCUCCCCAUCGUCGGCUGUGUUUUUAUACUCUUAUCGAGAAUAUACAUGAUUCCUAUUCUAUAUUCUAUAUUCUAUUUGAUAUAUAUUGAUAUAUACAAAUAAUGUGACUGUGUUUUGAUACUGUAAGCUUUAACCACUUGGUAAGAGAGAGGGAGAGAGAGAGAUGUAAAUAUAUAUAAAGAAAAGUUAAAUGGUUUCUAUGGUCUAUUGGAUCAGUAGACAGCCAUGAGACAUCUGUGCACUGCCCCUUUAAUUUCACUAGCCUCACACACACAUGCUCUGUCGUUUCAGGUGUCUCCCAAAUCAACGCCAUUAUAUUCCUGUACAUUUACUACUGUGUUAUAUAUAAGACUAGAUAUUUAUUGCAACAAAAAAAACGUGUGCAGAUUAUAUAUACAUAUAUAUAUAUAUAUACGUAUGUAAACACAGAAUCUUAGUAAUUCAAUUUUAGUCCC